ACGCUUCUUCCUCACAACUCAUUCAUUGUCCAAACUCGACACCAAGCCCUAAUUUUGUCCAGGCUAUGGCAUAUUGCUGCUUCGUAGGAGGACCUCGAUUUCAGUUCACAGGGGAGUGAAAUUAGUGUCGUGGCGGAUUUGAAGGCAGGCUCGGGAAGAUGAUGCAUGACGACGACGACGAUGACGAGAAGCAGAAGAAGCAGUAGAAGAAGAAGAAGAAGGGGGUGGUGAAGGAGAAGGAGGAGAUGGAGCAGGAGACAGAGGUGAUGGCGAUGGCGGAGACGGAGGAGGAGAAGAAAGCUGCUGCGGCGAAGCGAGCGAAGAAACUGAUGCUGCCCAAGGACUUGCCGUCCAAGUAUGAUCAUGCGCACUGGCGUCCGAAGCAUGGGAAGGAUGCUGGAACCGCGGAAUUGCACCCUUAUCAUCGUGCGAAGCUGCGGGCGUUGCUCGACUCGUUGCUGCAGGAGCAUCUCUACUCUGCUGCGUCGGGGCCUGUGUCUGUUCUCUUUCAAGCUCACACUCGCGAGGAUGUGUAUCAGAAUCGCGAUCUGCAUUAUUUUUGGGCAGCCAUGGAAGUCUUGCGCCAGGCGGAUCCAGGAAAGUCAAAUAUUAAGAAGAUCAAACGUCUGUACCGAAUUUUGCAAAGCAAACAACUGAAUGAGGUGACUCGUGGGAACAUUCGAUUGGAGCUGGCGCUCUACUUGAUGAGUUUGGGUGACCUCGAGUCUUACGAAGCAUCGUAUAAUGAAAUUCGGCCGAUUGUUGAUGUGCCUCCGUUCCGUGAUGACCCGGUGAUGAACCUUUGCCACGGAUAUACGCUACAUCGCUUAUGGCACGACCGUGUUGUCCAAGAUGUUGAAAAGCAAUUUGUACAGGAUCUCGGUGCAAGGCCUCAGCAUGGAGCGGAUCAAGACGAUUAUGAAGAGGGUGGUGGGGAUAAUGAUUAUAUGGAUGUGGAUGAACGCGGGGAAGUGGGCAGUAUGAUGGGAGCAAUGGUUGUUAGACAAUCACAUAGUGUGGAUAUGGGUUCAGCUGAAAUGUUGGAUGGACAGGACAUGGGCGGCAUGCCUUUCAGCAGCCAGGGUGAUCGUGGAUUUUAUGAAGAGGAUGAGGAGGACGGCGACGUUGAUGAUUUCUGGAAGACUGCAGUUGUGCGGUGGUCUCCUGACUUGGAUAGAAGGCUGUUUCCAGUUCGGCUUCCACAGACAAGGACUAGACAUUUGUAUAAAGUACCCAUGGAUAAUGGAAGAACUCGGGAUGCUCACUCCAGUGCAAUAAAGUAUUUGAGGAGAGCAUUAUCGCUAGCCUCUGAUAUGACUCCUGCUCUCCUACCUUUAGUACAAUUACGUUUUCAGCUAUUACUGGCUGCUGGGGACGUGAUGGGAGCAGUGGAUGAGAUCGAGAAGUGUUCCAGUACCCCUCACCUCCUACCUCUUAGUGUAAAAGCCUUACUGUUGGAGUCGUUGGAUUCCAAGAGCAACAGUCGACUGGCGAAAUGUUACGAAACUAUACUUCAUGUCAAUCCAUCUUCUACACUCACUUUGGACAGACUUGUACAACUGCACGCUUCAGGCAAAUACAAGACAGAGGCACUGGUAGAGUGCAUUGCAGUGCAUCUGGAUGUCAAUCGGGGACUGCUCGAAGUAUGGCAGCAAUUAGCAGCUUGUCUAAUGCACUUGAACCAACGGCAUAAUGAACAAUUAAGGGAAGCAGAGUUUGGGACGUUUGGACAGCCACAAGAUUUCAGUGGGGAUAAUGAGGAAACGAAAAAGGAAGAGUGUGCACAAGAUGCCCCUUACUAUGUUUGGAAGAGGAGAAUAUGGGAUGAGAGAAUUCCCUGGUGGAGGAACAAGCAUUUCCAUGAGAAAAGUGUAAAUCUCGAGCAACAAGUUGAUGGUGAUAUGAAUAGGAUAGCGUACAAAGCAGCGUGUUCAGUGCAUAUACUUGGCGCUGGAAAUGCUUACGAAGUAGCAGUUUCUCAAGCUCUUACCCCGUUCGGAGCAAGGAAUUUACUGUCUGUAGUCAAUGCUCAUAGUAUGAACUUUCAUGUUCAGUUGGCUGAAAAUCAUUAUAGCAUGGAAUCAGAUUCAUCACACAUGUAAAAUAAGUAAGCAGAUGAUUGGUUUUCUAUUGGAUUUCGCUCACUCGGUAGUCUAUGUGAAAGAACUUUCUAUCAAUGGAUUGUUUCUGGGUCCAGCUACUUUUAUCAAUUACACAACUUAAUUAGAAUCACA